UGGAGCCAAGAUGGAUGUCUCUAUAAAACCAAAUGUGGACAUUCCGAAAUCUGAUGAGAGUUUUCCUGUUCUGUCAUUUACGAGGCUUGACCAGUGGGAUUUGGAAGAUGUCAUCCGAAAUCUGACAGAGGAUGGGCUGCAUACACACAAACGUGUUUCAGUUGAACCUGCAAAAGCACAUGCAGAUGGGGACAAGGACAGGUCACCGGAGAAGAUAAUGGAGAGACUAGUCGCUUUCUGUCAGAGCCAGUCAUCAAAGUCUGUGUCCGAGCCUGUGAUAAGUUCAAACCACAUCCGAUUGAAUAAUGUAUGGAACAAAUCAUCUAAGAGGAUGGAAGCAGAGCUGCAGCUCAACCACCAAGAACCUCCCACUGUUUAUAUUGACCUGCGUUGCCCCGAUCCUUCAAUAAAACCACCGAGAACAUCCCCAAAUCCUUCAUCAGAGUCCAAACACAACACUCAACAGGAAACACCUCCUGCAAAGAAACCCAGUCUUAAAGUGCCUGCUGGAUCACAGAUGGGGGACAGUGAAGUGACUGGCAAGAGUAUGCUGCUUCAGAAAAUCAGGGAGAUGAAAAGAAAUGGGAAUAAAUGUCACAAUAAAUGUAGAGAUUCUCCAUAUUCAGUGCCAAGGAAUGAAGUGGAUCAGAGAGAGAAGCUACCCCAGUUGGUAGAGUCUAACUGUAGCCUUGAGUCACACCAUCUGUGGGCAAAUGAACAAUCUUCAAAUGUACAGUUUGAGUACAGAAACCCUAAAAUGGAGAGCCCACUGACAAAUCAGCAAAGUACAAUCAAAGAGCCAAAGCAGCAGAGUGAUCUACAGAGACAACAAGUUAAGCAGACAUUACAACAUGAGCGACAUCAGCAGAUUCUUAAGCAACUGGAGAUACAUCGUCCAACAAAAUCUGUCAGUCAGAAGCAGUCUGCUGCUGAAAGGACUGAUGUCCUUUAUGAUUUUGAGGCAUCUCACCUACAGUCAAUCAGUUCACUCCCCACAGAUAUUGAAAGUAAGUCAUGUAUGCUACUGAUCGUGGACCUCUCCAGUCCCGGUGUGGUUGGAGCCAAAGCUCAAGGGAAGAAAAAACAUCUGAAUCCAGCUGCGACCAAGUCAAACAUCUACAACACUUUAGUGGCGUGGUUUCUGUCUUUGGUUGGCUCAGAAGCACACCAUGAUGAAGAUGAGGCCAGUGCAAAGAUCCCAUUCUGGGUUGCUGGACUUCAGCAGCUGUGGACAGAGGAUGGACUGGCUUUGCAUGUUUUAGCUGUGGCUCGUCAACCUUAUACACCAAGGAAAAGGGACAUAGACAUCCACACACCUUUCUAUAACCAAGUCUGCAAGUUCCUCUCUGAGACCUCGCUCACUCUUAUCGCUCGCUGGCUCCCUCAGCUCAAAAACUUGCAGGACAAACAACCCUAUGCUUCACCAAUCCAUCUGCCAUCCUCUUAUUUAAAUUGUUUCAUCUCCACUACCUCCAACAAAAAGGUGAUAGAGAGGACAUUUGGUCCCAGUCCAGAGUUUUACUGGCAGACUGUGGAAACUCAGGAGCGAGUUUGUAAGGGAAGAGCAAUCACACAAGAGCUGCACACAGAGGUAUCAGUUGCUCUGGGGGGCAGAGCUUUCUUUCUGAAUCCCCUCAUAACACACUACACCCUCCAGCUUGUUCUCGACUCCGGACUCGAUGUGUGUGGUGUGCGGCUCCUGUAUCCACCACAGAGGUUCCUGAUCGACAGCAGUGCUGGUGCUGUACCAGUUAUCCAGAGAAGUGAUGAGAGCUGCCAGCCUGUACUUGUCCUUGCUGUUCGAGGCCUUCAUGCGCACUCGGUGUUGAAAGAUUUAACUAGUUCCUUAGAUCCUCAGCUGUCCAGAAAGACACAUCUCGACCCUCUUCACUGCAGAGGUCAAGAGCCUCCACUCCUCUACUCCCCUCGACUUGCCAGUCAGGUCCACAGGGAGCUGUGCUUGUGGUUCUCAGGAAGACUUCAAGGAGGAAGUGCAGAGAAACACAACCGUCUUGUGAAUAGAGUUGUACUUUCGGAUGACAGUGUCGAAGGCAGCCUGUUCAAUUCAAGCAGAUCACCCUCUUUUCUGUGUGCUACGACAAAAGCUGACUUACUCCUUGUGGUGUCGCCUGUUGUGCGUCCAUGUUGCUACGGCCGAGUGCUGGCUGUUUGUGAACAAAGAGGCUUCAGUGUGUUGGGGCUGCAGAGGCUGCAGCUUUGGAGAAAUGGAGCUGCAGUCAUUGGACUCUCCAACCAGCAGGCACUUGUGUUCUGCGGUCCACAUGCUGUGACCCUGGAUCAGGGUCAGAUGGAGUUGCCCUCUCACUGUCUGGUGUUGUUGCUGAGAAAAGAAAAUGCAGUGCACCACAGUGUUAGUCUGCCAGCAGCCUUAAUGAGAGAAUUUAAGGCACAGAGGCUUCUAGGCUGCAUCCUCUCCAGACAUGAUGGUGUUCACGCAGUGGAGCCAAGCGUCUGUUUCCACACCGUGCCUUACAGCAGUAAACUGUUCCAUAUCUUUGUCAGGUGUAUGUGGGCAGUGCCAGAUCCUUCCAGUGUGAUCCUGUCCCAUCAAAAGUGGUCAUCCAAGUCCAACAUGGAGCAGGUGGUGAUUUUGACCUUGUGUGGGAAGGACAUGAGCCAAGGCCUGAGCCUCCUACACAGAGUGCUGACAGAAGGCCAGGGAGGGUUCGAGCUGCUUGGCCUGAAGUGGCUGCCUGCGUUGACUCGACUUCAGGCUCAGGAGCUGAGUCCAUAUGAGGUGGGAGAGCAGCUCUGUCAAGACAGCCUGAAAAAGCUGAUGUCCUCUCCUGCUUUACUGUGUGCUCUUAGACGGGUGGAUGCUUUUGCUUCAAUGCGGAAUCUCCUGCCACACGAUCACCCUGGUAACCUCGGUGUCCUGAUGUCACCUACACCUGAAGUGGCUUUCAGACAAGCCUCCCUCUUCUUCUUUGAGCAUGAGAUGAUUCCAGACCGCAGCCAGCACCUACUUCUGAAGUUUCCUUCCCAAAGAUGCAGCACAAAUGGUUUGUGUAUAAAAGGAUAA